AUGAGGAAGAAAAGAAAAUUUACUCCUGUCAAAGCCAAACCUUCCACGAGAAGAAGAACCCGCAACCCUACCCCCAACACCAACACCAGCACCAACAGCUCUUAUUCUGUCGAGAACGCCACGAGUAGAAAAGACGAAGAAUCCUCUCCCACGACUCUAACAGCAAUAACUCCCCAGGAUAAAUGUAGAUUAGAUGAACUUUCGAAGGAGGUAAAUGAAUUCAAAACUGAAAUAAUUAUCAUUAAAGAUAUGUUAAACCUACUACAACAAGAGUUUGACAUAUUAUCAGCCACACUAAGGGAGGAACAGAGAAGGAGAAGAUUUAAUGAGAAAGAUUUAACAGAGAAAAAGAAGGAGAAUGAGGAAGACAAUGAUGAGGAAGAUUUUGAGGUGAACACUGAGCAUAUGUUGAAUGAUGAUAAAUUUGAGGAUGGGGAGGAAGACAUUGUUGGGCUUUUGGAGAAAGACAAUGUUGGGCUUUUGGAGGAGAAUAAAGAUGAAGAUCAUGAUUUGUUGACCGAACAAAAUAUUGAGGAUGGGCUAGUGGAGAUAGACAAUGUUGUGCCUGUGGAGGAGAAGACAAAUGAAGAUCGUGAUAAUAAUAUUGAGGAUGAGCUAGUGGAGAUAGACAAUGUUGUGCCUGCUGGGCUUUUGGAGAAAGACCCUGGGAAUGUUGAGGAGGCUGAUAUGGUUGAUGGGAAAUCCAAUGUUGGGAAUGUUGAGGAAGUUGUGGAGGAGAAUGUGGAGGAGAAUGUGGAAGAGAAGGUGGAAGAUAAUGUGGAGGAGAAUGUGGAGGAGAACGUGGAGGAGAAUGUGGAAGAGAAGGUGGACGAUGAUUUCGUAGUGCAGAAGGGUAAGAAGGUGGUGCAGAAGGGUAGGAAGGUGGUGCAGAAGGGUAGGAAGGUGGUGUAG